AUGAGUUUCCUCUGGUACCUGCUGCCACUGCCUGAGCUGGAUGGCAAAGCAAUUGCCCAGCACCCCAGUUAUUACGAGGGCAAGGAGGCGCUUUGGCUGCAAUUCACCCCCUCCCCCGGCUCACUCAGCCCAGCUAAUGCAGCUGGACAGACAGUCCGGCAGCAGUUCAUUAAGACGCCCCCAAGCGAGCAGCUUCUUGAAAUCCUCGAGAUCAUAUCCCAUUGCUUCAACUGUCUGUCUGAGCAUGGCAAUAAGCCGCUGCCGCAGGGAGCUCCAGGGGGCAUUAUCGGGAUCCUGGGGGGCGUAAUUGCUGCGGCUCUCAUCAUUGGUGUGGCUGUCACUGUGUUCAUCGUCUACAGGCGACAGCAGAAGAGCCGCACGGAGACCGACAAUGACCUAAUUGAUCUGCCUCCAUCCCACAAACCUGUCCCACCGCCAAAGAGGAAACAGGAGAUGAAAAGCCAUCUGACCGCAGAAGACAUCCAGGUCGUCCACCUAGACAACAUGAAGCAGGAGGAAGAGAUCCAGAAGCUCCCCCUGCAGACGUCGUACUACGACAUGGCAGCCAGCGAGUCUUCUCCGUACUCCGACAAGCUGAACUUUGGAAAGCGUCACUCAGAGAUACCGGAUGCGAGUGAUCACCUGACCUGCUGUUGCUCACCUGAAGAUCAAUAUCUGGAGAAAAUACCCCAUGUCUAUAACCCCUUAUCAUACCUCCCAGAAGAUCUGUAUUCUCACCGUGCUGAUGUCUCCUUUUGCUGCCCGCCACCAGGUUCCCGGGCACCGUACAUCUGUCCUAAGGAACAGUAUGUUUAAAACAACAGCACACAGUCAAGCAAAAGCAAAGAAGCCAAUUCUUCACAUCUCCCGACCUUUCCCAUAUUAACCAAGGCCUUUGAUUUGUCUCCAGCCAUUGAGAAUUUUUGUUUGGGUUUUCCUGUUUUUAAAUUUUGGUGCAAUUGUAAUGGACAUGAUUAGGUUAAGCAUCCGCCUGCUCAUUAGUGCUCAAGGGAACUCUCUACCUUCAUCUGUGUCAUACACUGAUGUUUUCCCCUUGUUUGCAUCUUUUUUUUCCCUAAUUUUGGCUCCAUCACCCUCCAGUAGUGAGCUGGCUAUGUGCAUGCGUGCGUGUGUCAGUGGGCGGCUGGGUGGGUGGACCACUGCCUUCUGUUGGAUGGAAUGUCCCAGACUCACUCAAGUGUCUGUGUUCCCUAGUGUCAAUUUUCACACCAUUUACACAAGAGGCUCCUGGAGCGGAUUCCUUCACAAACCUUGUUACACCAUGUCUAAAAUUCCCAAUUCUACUUUACUUCCAAACAAAAUGAUCUCUGUACUACUUUGAAACUUCCCAGCCAGGGCCCGGGUCUGAGUCUGUUUGAAAAUACCGUUUGGGACCAGGAGCCCUGUUCAAAGAGCCAAAUGGUAAAGAUUUCUGAACCAAACUUAAUGAUGUGACAUUUGCAAUGAAAGAGGCUCAGAACCAGCCCCAGAGCAGAAGAGGAUUUUUUUCCCCCACUCCCAACUCCUUGUAUCGACUCUUCCAAACCCAGAGGGUGUGGGAACUGAAUUUGGGCACAGGAAAGACAAUGGAUACUGGAACAUCUUCCUAGAACUUUCUAUCAUAUAACCUGAAACCAAAAGAAAAAAAUCUCUAAUUAGGAAAAAUAUGUAGAUAUACACACCAUAAUUUUCUUUUCCAAAAGUCUAAAGCUCGCCCCAGGUCCGUCUGUGCACCUGUUGAUUGGAAUUUUAAAGUGAACUCAGGCAGAAUAUAGAAAACAAAUCAGAAUUUCAGGUAAUCUUCUUGCUCUUAAUGAAGGAUAAAAGCCAACACAGAAUCUGGCCUUUUAACUUUUUUUAAAUCGUCUUAGUUUUGGACUGUAAAUUUUUUGAUAUUUGGAGUGUGUGCGUGUGUGUGUAUAUAUGAAAGUGUAAGUUCCUGCAACCACCAAGUGUUUUAGAUAGCAGAAUUCAUCUCCACGUCACCUCCUUGUUCACUUGUAUUAGAAAAAAAGAAAAGAAGAAGAAGAGGAACAAGAGGAAAAAAAGUCUUGGAGAAUAGUUGGCUUCAGGGAUAUUUCUAACCUUUUCCACCCAGGUACAGCAUGGGAGAGACAAAGAAUGGACAGUUAUGCACAAGGGGACGUGUCGUCAGUUAACAGACUCUUAUUUUUCUUAAUUUGGGAGUGGAUCUUUUGCAUCCUGGAGACAUACACAACCUCGCACUGCUGAUCCACAAGGACGUGUGAGCCAGGCGCCCGCAGCUAUCCGCCUGGUUCUCCAACACCAAACCAGUAUCCAGUGCUCCUUGCACAAAUGCAAAGGAAACCACCACAGUAUUUAAGACUCCCCAUGGGGGGAAUAACACAUCAGAUGCUGUCAGCCCAGCUCCUGCCUUCGCAAAUAGACUGGGUCACUUUUAUUUUUGUAUAUUUGGUUCUAAAGGCGAAGGUCGCUCUAUGUACGUUCUUUGCUCCCACCCCAGAGGUUUGUCUCUGAGCUCAUCCUGCUUGUCCCCCAACUCCCUGACUCUCACAGAAGCACGGCUGUGUCCACACUACCUCAUAUAUUUCCUGCAGGCUAAAAUAUGUAGAUAUAAAGAGAGAGAGAGAGACGGCUUCCAUUAGGAAAUAACGUGCCAUGAGGGAAGCAGGCUCUGCCCACGCCUCCUGGGACUGCCCCACAAAACCUGGCUCCACCCUUUCCUUGUGCGCAGCGCCACAUCCUGUUUUGGGAAAACAGCACGGCCGCCUGCAGCGAUGACACCAUUCCCCCCGCAGAGGAAAAUGGAUGAGCCGGUUGGGGUGGGUUCUGUCGGACUGAAUGGCUCUGUUGCUUUGCGCUGACCAGGUUGGCAGCCUCUAGGGUUCAAGGAAGGGGGCACCGGCUCUUCCUGGUCUACGGCCAUCCCAAAGUGUGCAGCCCCCCCCUAGCUGGCACACGGAGCAGGUGGGGCAGCCCAUGGGAGCACCUAGCUCAUGGAAGGGCCAAUGGGCCCCUAAUCACAGACACAGGGCCUUUGAAAUCCCUUCCCUUUCAUCUUCGCUGGGUUGGAUCCUUUGGUACUGGUAGGGUUCAUGCUUCCUUGAUCGGCCUCCUCUGCCCAGAGAACUGGCCAAUUCACGUCCCUUCACGAACAAGCUCAAGUGCCACCUGCCUCCACUCAAAUGCUAGACCUCUCUCUCUCUCUCGCUCUUUCCUCUUAACGUGCCAUGGGGUAAUGUUUGGCAGCCAUGGAGCUGGGUUUGCUCUGAACUAGACCUACUGCCGUCACUGUCCAGUUCCCUGCCACCCUGGCAAUGGGAAUGUACUUUGGCCUCCUCUACCAAUCUGCCUUUAGCCCACCCUUUAGAGAAGGAGAUGUGGUGGCGGAAAAUCUCUGCGGUCUUUGCAUCCUGGAGAGAGAUGCAUCCUGGCACUGCUGAGCCACGAGAACACAUGGGCAAGGGCCAUUCCCUCCGGCUCUCUUCCUAAAAGAAAGAGGGUGUCUCCAGGCUAGCAGGAAUUAAAGUGGGUCUGAUUGAAAGCCUGUUUCCACAUUCACCCCAGAUCUGGGCACAUAUAUGAGAGGCAGAAGAAAAGCAACAUGAUCAGCUCUUGAGGUGCAUAAGGAUCAUGUCAGAUGAAAGGACUGUAUGUGGGAGGGGAGAGGGGGCAGAGGACAUCUCUGUAGCUAGACGUCUCUUCUGCAGUCUUUGAGGAAGGUCGGUACUACGAUGGGUGAGGGGACGACAUGUAGGCAGACUGCAGUGUCGCAUAGCAGUGCAAAGGAAGUCCAGUUGCCUUGGACAAAUUUGAACUUGAGCUGUCCACAUAGAAGAGACACUGAGAUCUUUGCUUUUCAGCAAAGGAAAAGGAUUUCUAUCCUCCCAAGAAAGAAAGAGUGAGACAGAAAUUCAGCCUCUGAAACCAGCUGCCUGAUUUAUCCAGUGCAUGUCUUAAACUUAGGAACAUUUGAUCUCUCUCUGCCUUUUCUACCUUUGCCCCUAUUCUUGACACACUAAACAAAAGAGGACCCUCUGUCUGUGCUGCAGCAGAAGGUCUGGUGGUAUCACCAGAUUCCUUCACAUCCCCCCCAUGGAGAUGGGUAAAACCUUUCGAGAGAUGGAGUGGGAGGUUGGGUUGAUCGGGUUUUGGUUCUACAAAGCCAAAUCCAGGGAUGGUUCUGAUCCAGGCCCUCAUUUCGCUCCUCUGUAUUCAUGGGGUCAAAUCAAUUGUCCCAUAGUUCUUCUAGCUUCCCCCACUCCAUAGCAAAGGGAUCACACUACUUUUCCCCUCGUGCCCAAGUCUUGACCUUCCAGAGGUAGCGGUCCAGCCUCAGCAAUGUCAGACAGGGGUGUCUCUAUCCAGCUAGGAUAAGCCCACACCUUGGCAUAGGCUGCUUAGACAAAGGACCUGCUCCUGCAACAGUGCCGUCCUUAGUGGGGGAGGUAAAGGGUGGUUGCUUGGAUUGAACUGGGAAGGUGGCUGAAUGUGAAUACACAGCGAGGGACGCAGCAGGUGGGUGGGUGGAUGAUUUUGGUGUUUUAUUUCUGUGUCUUACCUCAUGCGAGACUAGAAGCCCUGUCUCCUGUCCAGUGGGGGUGAAAUGCUGCGGUGAUGGCUGAUGGAGCUGUUCUGAAGGACAAGACUGA